AUCAGGUUGAAGAAAGGGUAACUUGUUAUCACGUUCUUCUGAGUCGUCACCAUCAAAUACCUGUAUAUAUUUCUCGUAGAUCGUCAUCAGUAUCAGCUUCUCUAUUGUGUUUGACUCUCUCUCUCUCUCCAUCUGGGUUUGCUCUGGUUUCUCCCCCAAUCGAUCGGGUUUUGGGCAUCGGAGUCAGCCAUGAACGACCUCUUCUCCGGCUCCUUCUCCCGCCUCCCCAGCGGAGAGCCGUCCCCUCACGGCGGCGAUGGCGGCGGCGUGAACCUCGACAAGUUCUUCGAAGACGUGGAAUCGGUUAAGGGCGAAUUGAAGGAGCUGGAUCGGCUCAGUGACACACUUCAGUUGUGUCACGAGCAGAGCAAGAUGAUUCGCGACGCAAAUGCCGUGAAGGAUCUCCGGUCGAAGAUGGACGGCGACGUUGCGGCUGCGCUGAGGAAGGCGAAGACGAUCAAGUUGAAACUCGAAUCUCUCGAUCGCGCCAAUGCCGCGAAUCGGAGCAAACCCGGUUGCGGACCCGGAUCUUCUGCCGACAGGACCCGGAUCUCGGUGGUCAAUGGCCUGAGGAAGACAUUGAAGGAUUCAAUGGAGAGUUUCAAUCGACUGAGGGAGAAGGUUUGGUCGGAGUACGGAGAGAUUGUGGAGAGGAGGUACUUCACCGUCACCGGAGAAAACCCCGACGAAGAAACCCUCGAUCGUCUGAUUUCUACUGGAGAGAGCGAGAGAUUGUUGCAGAAAGCCAUUCAAGAACAGGGCAGUGGUAGAAUCUUGGACACCAUUAACGAGAUCCAAGAGAGGCAUGAGGCGGUGAAGGAGAUCGAGAAGAACCUCGAGGAGCUGAACCAGGUUUUCCUCGGCAUGGUGGUGAUGGUCGAGCACCAGGGCUCGGGGCUCGACAACAUCGAAAGUCAUGUGGCUCACGCUAGUUCCUUCGUCAGGGCAGGAACCGAGCAGCUCGACACCGCGAAGAUGUAUCAGAAGAACACACGCAAAUGGACGUUCUUCACUAUCAUCAUCGUCGUCCUUCUGAUCAUAAUAAUCAUUGUAGCUGUGGUUUUAGCCGUGGUUAAACCGUGGCAGAACAAUGGCGGUGGAGGCAUCGAACCAAUUACCAGUACCACCACCUUCGACUCUGGCGCCAACUCUUCCAUGGCUCAGGCGCGGCGUUUGUUGCGUUGAAGUAAGGCUCGUCUUUUGCGCACAUACAUAUACACACCAUUUUUCAAUGUUCUUGUUUUGUGCUAACGACUGGGUUUGAUGCUAAUCAUCGUUUUAUUCUAGCUCUUGUGAAAAAGUUGAGAACUUGAUAAUUUGUGGAUUCGGGUAAAAAUGCCGAUGUUCUUAUGGAAAAAACGACAAAGUACUUCAAAACA